UUUCUUUUUGUUUUAGUUUGAUCAUAAAGGUAGUGCUUGAACCAUAUAAAACGAGAUUGUUGGUGGUCAAAUAAUGGCACUUUUUGAAUCAGAAAGUGUUGCCUACGGUGGUAUCAAGACAGCAUUGCCGGAACAAGCACCGCAGUCGCUGCAGCAGCAGCGCGAUGAGUUAACACAGGAUCAAUCGGUUUCUUCCUCAAACAAACAGGGUUCGAUUUUCUCGCUUACACUCGACGAGAUCCAACUAAAGAGUGGGAAGGCUUUCGGGUCCAUGAACAUGGAUGAAUUCCUUGCCAACUUGUGGAAUGUAGAUGAAAACCAAGCCCCACCACAGGUUGACCGAAACGAUCCUUGCAAUGACAUAGGCAAUGGAGGCCAACCGACAUUAGAACGGCAAGGCUCUUUUUCAAUCCCUACCCCGCUUUGCAAGAAAACAGUGGACGAGGUUUGGUUCGAGAUUCAGAAAGACCUACCACCACAGGGGAAAGCUAAUGUCUCCGAUCACGAACCUCAGCGCCAACAAACACUCGGAGAGAUGACUUUGGAGGAUUUUCUCGUCAAAGCCGGAGUUGUUCAAGAAUCAUCAUCGGCUUCUUCCCAACAAAAGAAGGUGACACCUAUAGGUCCUAUACAGACCAAUGGUGCAGGUUUAGAUGCAAACUAUGGACUGGGGCACAGGAUCGGAUCUUCUCAACCAAAAAUACUGACAUCUAUUCAAAAUAACAAUGGAAACAUAGAUGCAAACUUUGGAAUGGGACAUGUGAUGGGGCUAGGAUUCCCAGGCCACCAAAUUGUUGCCAGCAACAUGGCAGCACCAGGCAAUGGUUAUGCGACCACAUACCCGAUUUUCACGCAGAGUAAAGCUAUUAUGGGUGAAUCUUCUAAUGUAGCUGAAAAUGGUAACGGCGCCAACCGUAUGUUAGAGCCUGUCAUGAUACAGAACAAUAAGAGGAUCAUAGAUGGUCCACCGGAGGUGGUAGUGGAAAGGCGACAACGCCGAAUGAUUAAGAAUCGAGAAUCCGCAGCAAGAUCUCGAGCAAGGAAACAGGCGUAUACAGUGGAGCUGGAGUUAGAGUUUAGUCAACUCAAACAGGAGAAUGAAAAGCUUAAGCAGCUUGUGGAGGAAAACGAGCAAAGGCGAAAGCAAGAGGCAACCCAUGCAUUUGGCAUACUUAUUUUCUAUGAAAAUCAUCAUAAAUUCAAUGUCUUUCUUGUUUUCAUAUGCGAUGAAGAACAGGUUCUGAAAAGAAAGCAGUCAAAAUUACCAGCACAAAGGAAGGUUGCUGCAGAUAAGAUGAGGACAUUAAGGAGGGCAGUGAGCUUGGGAUGGUGA